GGUUAUCAAAUAUAACUCCCCCUCGCCCUCCUGAAAUUUUUCGCAAAGGAUUUUAGGGAAAACUGGACGAAUGACGAAUACCUAAAAAUCCAAAUAUCAGAGGAACUCCUUCGUCAAGAGAGUAGAAGAGAUUUGUGUGGUAAAUAUGGAGGUAGUUGGACGACAUGCUUUACUGUUCGAUGAUGAUUCAGCUGCGACAUUUGUGAAUUCACAAGAAGCCCUAGUUGAAUGGAAUUCACUGUUGAUAGACAGAUACGAUGUUCGUCAUCUCCUGCAUACACCUCCUCCUCUCCUCAAGAGACGUCGUCAGACUCCAACAGAUGAAUCUGAAAUUGAUCAUGAACGUUAUCUUGAUCUUCUACAACCUCAAUCUGAUGAUUUAUUAUCCCUUCAACAAGGUUUGUUCAUUAUUCCCUAAAUUACCUUCUCCUGAAUAUUAUUUUUUAUUUUUUUGAAUAUGAUUAUUCAUUUGUUUAUUGUGGUUUGUGAUUCCUCUUGCAAAUUAGAUUAAAUUGUAUUCCCUUUUGAAGAAAUUGGCUUCUUUUCUCUAGGGUUUAGUUUGUGGACAAAUAUUGAUGUGGAACCAUUUUAUGUGAGGCUAUAGAAAAUAGAGAUUUUAUGGUUGUCCGUUUCUAUGACUGCAAACAAUUAAGUAAUAGAUGUUCUGUUGGUGUCUUGAGCGGAGGCCGGAACAUGAAGAACAAAAGCUAUAGGAUUUUAACUACUCCUCAAUUGACAAUCAUCCGGAAAACCACAGCUAGAGUAUGUCUUGGGCGUUUGUAAUCCGACAGAAAAUGGGUUCUGUUGUAAUCGGGACUUCCGGGUUGAAGUUUUCGGAACUAUGUUAGCUAAAAAGUUCAAAGUAUGCGAGGAUUAGGAAGUGUAGGCUUUUGAUUCUGUUAUUUAUUUAUUGUUUUUGCAAUAACUGUUAAAGCUGCAGGAAGGAUAUCUAGUUUGCAACAUUUGCAUCUCUCACUGGGACAAGUAAGAAUCUUUUCACUUAACUUGACUCUUUUCCCUUACAUCUAAGGUGAAGUUUUGAUAACCCAUUGCACAUUCUUUGUGAAGUUAGAACUAGCUGAAGUUUGUUUAAAUUUCUCUUUCUUUCUUGGCACAGAAUCGAACAGUGGGGAAGGGCAAGGAGCUGGAGGUACUUACAGUGCUGUUGGAUUUUCAUAUGGAAACUCUGAUGUUUCUGCGGACCAAAAGAACUCCGAUAGCGUGGUGGGAGAUUAUGGUUUUCGUCCACCUUUUCCGGUGCCAGAAAACCUACUUCAAAGCCUAACGCACGGAGCAGGGAUGGAAUUUGUACGACUUAAGUUUGCCAUUCAUGGGUACCUUGUUUUCUUUUGAUGUAUCAUGACCAAGGGUUCGUGCAGCCUCCUACAGAAAAAUUACACCAGAUCAUGGCAAGGACUGCGCUUUUUGUCAGCAAACAUGGAGGACAAUCAGAAAUUGUCUUGAGAGUGAAACAGGGUGAUAAUCCAACAUUUGGGUUCUUAAUGCCUGAUCAUCAACUCCAUGCAUACUUCAGAUUCCUUGUUGAUCACCCAGAAAUUCUGAAGUCUGAAGUGGAUAGCAAACCACAAGAUGAAGAUAAGAAGACCGAGCAGAAUCAUAUAGCCGAUGUAUCUGGCGGGGCAUUAUCCUUGCUUGGGUCUGUGUAUGAAUCAGGGGAGGAGGAGGAUGAUGAUUCACUUCAGGAUGCCGAUAAAUCUAAUGAAGAUAAAUCUGCUGAUUCCUCCGUUGUUAGAGGCUCAACUCAUUCUCACGUAUCAGAACGAGUGGAAGAUUCACCAAAUCUGGCUGGGAAAGAUGUCGGAGCUAAUGACCGUCCCUUUCCUUCGGUGAAAGAAGCAGCUCUUUCUUCCAAAAAAAACCGUUCCCUGAGUUUAGUUCCUGGUGGUAAGAAAAUGGAUGGUGGUGCACCGGGUUCAAGUUCUACUACUUUGGAAAAACCAGUCACUGCGAAGAUCAAACCUGUGAUUGUGGACCCUCCAUCUGAUAUGAAGAGAACAAUGGAUAAACUAAUCGAGUUCAUUGUAAAGAAUGGGAAAGAAUUUGAAGCAGUACUGAUAGAGCAAGAUGCUAAAAAUGGGAGAUUUCCAUUUCUUCUGCCGUCCAACCUUUAUCACCCAUAUUACCUAAACAUUCUUCAAGAAGCUCAGGAGUCAAAACAAUCUGGAAAAAUCUCUUCUAAUCAUCAAAAGAUAGAUUCAAGUGCACAAGACGGUGGUAAGAAAGCUGCUCUCUCCAAAAAGAAUGAUAUCGGUUCUUCAAAUCAUGAUCUACCAUAUGACUCUGAGAAGAAAGAAAAGUUUAAGAUGGUAAUCAGUGGUCGAAAGAAGGAUGUUCAGGAUCCCCCUCCCAAACCUGCACAAGAACAGCUUGAAGUGACGAUAGAUGCAGAAGCUGCUGCAGCUAUUCUUCAGGUAGCUACAAGAGGCGUGAGGAAUCCAAGACUAGAUAUGUUUCCUAAGAAAUCAUUAGAUGAUUCCAGUUCAGCCCUUAGCGGUGAUAUUGAACCGAACUCAAGCUUCGGUAGUUUUUCAUUUUCUUCUCGAGCUCGGAGUUCCACUCCAAACCCUGUGUCUGAUGCACGGAGACCCAGUACUUCACUACCUGUUGAUUUGCCGAGAUCUCAGUCAGGAAGGAGUGGGGAGAAAACCACUUUUGUUUCAGUUGCCAAGGCAAUUGCAAAAACAGCAGCUGUUGCAGCUGCCGCUGAAGCAGAUUCUUCUGAAGCGUGCUUAACUAAAGAGCAAAAGCAGAAAGCAGAGAGACUGAAGCGGGCGAAGAUGUUUGCGGCUAUGAUUAAGGGUGGUGCAGCACCACGUUUAUCUGCAGAACCACCUGAUUCUGUGAAUUCAGGUUUGCAGGGUUCUGGAAUUAAGGCUUCUUCAUUUGAUGGACCUUCUCAAAGUGUUGACAGUGCGGAUAUUUUGGUCACAGAGGAGCUGGUGAGCAGAGAAAGAGAAGGAAGUUCAAUACCUGCUGAUGGUGAUGCCGUUGGGGAUAUAGACAAGUUCAAAAGGUAUGAUCGUAGUGAUGAUUAUAAAGAAAAACAAUUAAGAAAGAAGCACCACUAUAGAUCUAGAAGGCUGGAUGAAGACGACAAGGAUGACGAUGAUGAAAGAGAACAUAAACAUUCGAGGAAGAAGCACCGUUCUUCUCGUCAUUCUUCACACCGUGAUAGAGAUGAGCACGGUCAUAGAAAAAGACAUUCUUCUAAAGAUAGGGAAUCUCGGCAUAGACAGAAGCACCACAGUUCUUCUGAAGAUGAGCAGCGGCACCGAAAGAGGUCCCACAGGCACAGAAGGGAAUCCCACUCGGAAAGAAAGGGAGACUAUGAGGAAGGGGAAAUCAGUAACGGUGAUAGUGCUAAAAGAGAUGCUUACACAGAUCUAUUAGAUGACCGUGUCGAAAAAUCUUCUCCGUUAGUAGUGAAUGCCCAGCCUUCUGAAACAACAGAAAUUCCUAAUGAUCUCAGAGCAAAAGUUCGAGCCAUGUUGCUCGCUAUCCAGUGAGAUCAAUGUAUGAUUGUUUUAAUGUUCUUUUGAUUGUUGUAAAACUGUGACUACUAAGAAGACCCAUGCUGACAUUAGUGUACCAUCUUCCUUCACUUUGUUUGUUUGUUUGAUGGGUGACAAUCUUUGUUUCUCAGUAAAAGAACUAAUGCAAUUCCACCUUGGUUGUUGAGACUUAAGUAUCAGAUAUAAUUUUGGAAA